AUGAACCGCGACCGUCUCCUACCAGUCAUCAGCGGCGCAGUUUUUGACAAGAUGUAUGUGGACCUGACUGGCUCGUUGCACCUCACAGAAUCUGGCAACAAGUACAUUAUAGCGUUGAUCGAUCAUUUUACUAAGUUCGUGAUCGCAGUCCCGCUACCCGACUUUUCAGCAGUCACGGUAGCACAUGCAAUAAUGACCAAAUGUAUUCUGAAGUUUGGGGUAAUGACCCAACUCGUCUCUGAUAACGCCUCCUACUUUAAAGGAGAAGUAGUUUUCGAGAUAGGUUCCUUCCAGCCGCCAGGUCUGUCCAAGCCGUGGACGGCCGCCUCUAUUAGUCAUGACGACACUAGCUUGGCCAGCUCUUCAGAAGCUUCAUUAGCAUUCGGUAGUUCAUCACAAUCACUCCGUAACGAAGCCCCUUCUUCUCAUAAACGUCAUGGUAGGGAUAGGCGUUGUGGUGUCGCGAUGCGCCUGGGGCGACGGGAGCAGUCCCUGGCUCUCGACGAAAAGCCCAUAGCCGGACCGGCACGCAUACCGAGUGAAACAGUGAUCGGCUUCCACCUUUGUUUGAAGUAUUUGCAUCCAUGGGCGAAGUCCGUUAACCCGAGUCCCGUCCGUGUUCUCCGUAGCCCCUUCUACAGGUCAGUAGAGAAGACUCCCUCCGGUCGUCACGAUAAUGUGACUCUACCGCCUACUGUUGAUCGCAUUAGACCGGUCCUUCACCAAGUAGUUUCAACAGGAUGGGGUUCCGGCGUUAUCCUCGAAGCCAAAGACUUCUUCAAUGUAGGGCUGGAUCAUCGCGAUUUGUAUUGCGUAAUUCUCGAUCAGCAUGCCGUCAAUGUUGUUAGCUCAUAUAGGGGAUUUGAUAAGUCCAUGGUCUCGGUUAAGGAAUAUGUGUGGGUCUACGACGUGAAACCCAGUCGUCAGGCUCUCGCCAACCCCAGUGCUGUUCCGGCCCAGUCCCGCAUUCCUCGUAUAACGGCGCUAGAGAAGAAAUCUACCUACUUCUUUAAAGCGGCUCGUUUUGUAUUUGCGUCUCCUGAUACCCCGCACGAGCUUGUUUACGGACUUGUUCUGGGUCUCGUUCGCCGCAGUGACACAUCGGGACCUAGCCAAGCGGCGAAUGGCCCGGAUCUUCAAUGUAGCCCGUUCGGCUUUAUCGGCAAUAAGCACUAUGCACAACGAUCGGCAGACACAUUGGGUGACCGCAACGAUACCCAGUUUUCAGAUCUUCCCGUUGCGCUUCCAUUUCGUCCUCACGGACAUAGCAACCGAAGGGUAGUUGUCGGUAUUAGCGGUUUGCACAAUCGGUCGGUAGAACGUCUCGCUCACGAACACGGUCGCCCCAUUGAUGAGGGCGUCCUCCUCGACAUCGCGACCCGCUUGACGAAGGCGCCGGCUGCUGCCAAGCCCGUAGAUUAG